GGAAGAUUGGCUAUGGGCUGAGAACAAGAUGAACGUGUCAGCGAUCGCCAUGGCGAUGCAGGUCAUCCAAUAUGAUCCUGCCGUCAUCGGUGUUUUCCUUCGCUCUGUUGUUCAGUUCGGAAAGGAAACCUCUGAGGUCGGCGAGUGGCAGCGAGCAGGAGGGGAGGACGCGGUGGAGUAUCGACGGAUGUGCCAGAAGAACGGCAAGUGGGGCUCCUGGACCAAUGGUGCUGCUCUUUGGGAUCGCCGGAAGCUCGAGGAGCAUGUCGGAAGGUUCAACGAGCAGUGGGGCGACGCGUCCGAGCAAGAAUAUGCUGAGCGAGUGGGCAAGAAAUUCUGCGCUGCCAUCCUGAGGACGGAAAGCGGGUGUGAGACGUCUGAGUGCAAUGCUGUCGCUGUUCACAUUGGUGACAGUCGAACUCCAGGAUGGGAACCAGAGAUAGAGUACUUGGGGAACAAUCGCUACGAGUGUCUGAGCUACGGGAGGAAAGUGAGCUGCAGUAGAUGACGAGACGCGAGGAGGGAAAAUCAACAUCAUCCUCUCAUUUUACAGUCACAAAACUUGA